CUCACCCCUGUCCGUCAAACCUGACCUCGCUUAGUGUCACUCUUCCUCGUGUAGAAUUGACUAUACAAUGACACUCUAAACAAAGGAUAUAGGAAUAGGAAAAUAACGUGUAAAACCCGCCAAGCCGCUUUAAUUUGGUUCAAUAUCGGGCACUCCUGGCGUUUUAUUGAGCUUCAUGACAAAAAAAAACUUUCAAUAGAUCUUCUUACGGUCUGAAUCGGAUCUCCUUGGCAACACAGAAGUGUGGUGCGAAGUUCGGACAAACGGUUACUUUCACCGCAGUUACUUUUACGAUGUUUCGGGAACCGCUUCAGACCACAGUUUGUGAGCUGAAGCAGUGACGACCGAUGAGGACCGGUGCAGUGAGGACCAGUAAGGACCAGUGAGGAACGUGUGGAAGCAUUGUUCUGUAGACAAUCAACAUGGAUCUGACUUUAUCAGAGUUGUUGGUCCAAUUCAUGGAGUCGCCGUUGGUGGUGUGGAUCCAGACGUUGGGUCCGUUGGGUUCCCCAGACGGGGUGAGCUCGGAGGAGCGGGUCAACCUGUUCAUGGAGUUGGUGGACGGCGUCUUUCUACACAAGAUCAUGACCCAGAUUGACCCUAGCCCAACCAAUCAGCGCCUGAAUAAGAACGUGAACAAUGAUGUGUCCCUUCGUCUCUACAACCUGACGGUGCUCACCAGACAGAUCCGCAGUUAUUACCAGGAGACUUUACGGCAGUUAAUAGUCAUGACGCUUCCAGAUGUCCUCUGUAUUGCCAAGGACCCGCUGUCAGCCAAGAGCAUGGAGGAGAUGAAGAGAAUGCUACUGCUUAUUCUGGGAUGUGCUGUCCAGUGCGAGCGCAAGGAGGAGAUGAUUGAGAAGAUAAAGCUGUUGGACAUCCAGACCCAGGCUGCUAUCGUCUCUCACAUCCAAGAGGUGACCCAUAACCAGCUGAAUGUUCUGGACUUGUCCUGGCUGGAAGAAGGGGCAGAGUUGACCCCGGAUGACCUCGAUCCUCUCUCCCGCAACAUGGCUGUUUCGCUACGGCAACUGAUUGAGCAACGGGAGAAGGCUAACGAGGUCAUUCUGGACCUGACUCAGGAGCGGGACUUCCUGAGUAGCCAGCAGCCCCGGGACGGGUACAGGUCUUUGGGUGUGCACAGCCCAGAACAGAGGCUUCACUCUGGUGGGCUGGUGGGGGCCAAUGGGGGCCCAGUGAUGUCGGGCCCCGAGCACACCAAAGAAGAGAAGCACCAUCUUUCAGUGGAGUUAGCCGACAACAAGGCUAAGCUGCGCAGAUUCAGGCAGGAGCUUGAGGAGAAGACGGAGCAGCUGAUGGACUCCAAACACGAGGCAGAGCGUCUGAACCAGGAGCUCCAGAGACUGAGACAGGAGUCCAGAUUGAACCGCGACAUGAAGGAGAAAGAGAUUGUUUCCGGUGCGGACCCCCUGACACCCGCAGGCCCCCAGGGCUGAGCGGCCCCCAGGGCUGAGCGGCCCCCAGGCUGAGCUCCUCCCGAUCCGGGAGUCCACAAACGGCAACAAUCCCUUUGUUCUCCAUGUCGCGGUUCAGGUUGAUGUUGAAGUGGAAGAACCAGAGACGUCGGAGAACCCAUCGCAGUCGUUACGAUUCAUAAUAUUCGGAGUCGUGAUAUCCUCA